AUGGCUCAACCUCCGGAUCGAGGGCACCACCGUGCCUCGUCGACGUCUAGAACGAACGGCCAUGCUCCCUUGUACCGUCUGAACUCGAAUCAGAGCAGUACGAGCAUAUUUGAGGAGGUGGAGAUGGCGCACGAUGAGCUCUUUUCAGGUCCCAUCGCUGAAAGUCUUCCCACCAGUGUUUCCGCCUUCUCCCACCGCAGACCACGAGCCGACUCUACUACAAGCUUUACCUACUACCAAGACGAGGAUGAGCCCGAGAUUUCCCCUACGUUCGACGAUGAGCGCCACUACAAUGACGAACGUCGAAGCAUGUCCGACGUCGGCGACUUCAACUUCGGCGACGAGGACGAAAGCGAGGCCGACAUCGAGAAUGGCGACCCAGAUGACGACGACUACAUUCUACACCAUAGAAGAUCUUCGACACAUUCGCGAUCUUCAGUACACGCUCGACUCUUACGCAGGGAUAGCACCACUACAAACAAGAGCUUGGGUGGAGAUGGCCGGAUAAGCCAAAAGAUCUAUAUGGUGAAUGAGGACCUCACCAUUGCAAUAGCAGGAUUCAAGACGAGUGGCUUGGGCUUUGCUGCAUAUGCUCUUCUCUGUAUAUGCACUCUUGGACUCUCGUGGCUUCUGCUAAGAUGGUUUCCCCGCUGGCAAAAUCAAUGGGGCGAGUUCGCUGUCAUGGACGUGGACAAGAAAUUGUACGGGAGACCCAUGUCCACCAUAUUCGGCUCCAGCGAGAAGGGCUACAUGAUGGACGAUGAUUAUGACCCCAUCAUCACCGAGCUGCGGAUGCUCAACUACCGCUAUGUCCGUCUCUACUUUAAUCAGCAAAAGGACAAGUUCAUCAUGUUCAACGGUUGGGUAGAUCCGAACUGGAUCGACUCCCGCGCUGUGCGAGCAGGUAUCGAUAGCGAUGAAAAGGGGCUUCGAGAGAUUGUUUUUGGCAGCAACCUCAUUGACAUUGAGCAAAAGUCUAUCUCGCGCCUCCUUGUAGACGAGGUAUUCCAUCCCUUCUACGUUUUCCAAAUUGCCAGUUUGAUUCUUUGGUCCCUGGACGAGUACUAUUACUAUGCUGUUGCCAUCUUCUUGAUGUCAUUUGGCAGCAUCGCAACCACUCUGGUUGAGACUCGGGCUACCAUGAAACGUCUUCGAGAAAUAUCUCGGUUCGAAUGCGACGUUCGCGUCCUUCGCAACGGAUUUUGGCGAUACGUUUCUUCGAGUGAACUGGUACCCGGCGAUGUCUACGAAGUUAGCGAUCCAAAUUUGUCCCAGUUCCCCAGCGACGGACUCUUGCUGAGUGGUGACUGUAUUGUCAACGAGAGUAUGCUCACUGGCGAGUCAGUCCCGGUUUCCAAGACUCCGGCGACCGAGGAGACCAUGUAUAGCCUAGACUUGGCUGCGCCGACGGUCUCGCCAGAGAUUGCGAAACACUUCCUCUUCUGCGGCACUAAAAUCAUUCGCGCUCGCAGGCCUCAGGAGGACCGAGAUGGUGACGCUGUUGCCCUGGCACUUGUUGUCAGGACAGGUUUCAGCACGACGAAAGGCUCCCUAGUCCGAUCCAUGCUCUUCCCGAAACCAUCAGGCUUCAAAUUUUACCGGGACUCUUUCCGGUAUAUCAGCGUCAUGGCCAUUGUGGCAAUGCUUGGAUUCAUCGCGUCUUUCGUCAACUUCUUGCGGCUGCAUCUGGCCUGGCAUUUGAUCAUUGUCCGCGCUCUAGAUUUGAUCACCAUUGUGGUACCUCCUGCAUUACCAGCCACUCUGACAAUUGGGACGAACUUCGCCCUAAGCAGACUCAAGAAGAAGCAAAUCUUCUGCAUCAGCCCCCAGCGGGUCAACGUUGGCGGCAAACUAGAUAUCAUGUGUUUUGACAAGACGGGAACCUUGACAGAAGAUGGACUGGAUAUUCUUGGUGUGCGGGUAGUGUCGCCAGCCACCAGCAGAUUCACGGAUGUCCUGUCAGAUCCAGUGUCUCUUAUUUCUGCCCCGGCCCUUCAGGGCGGCAACAUGGGUCAGAACUCGAACCUCAAGGCUGCUCUUUUCACCAUGGCAACAUGUCAUUCUCUCAGGUCCAUUGAUCACGAACUACUGGGAGAUCCGCUCGACCUGAAAAUGUUUGAGUUUACCCGCUGGUCUUUCGAAGAGGGUAAGCAAAGCCUGAACGAGGACGAUCAAGAUCAAGGAAGCCUCUCUCCUUCGGUCGCUCGGCCGCCCGCGGAGUAUAGCGAUCUUCUACGCGGGAACAACGAUGGCACACAUUCGCCACCUCUCGAACUAGGAGUAUUGCGGUCUUUUGAGUUUGUCUCUCAACUGCGCAGAGCAAGCGUCAUUGUGAGACAGUUCGGAAAACCCAGCGGGGACAUCUACGUAAAAGGCGCCCCUGAAUGCAUGCGGGAGAUUUGCCGAGAGGACAGCUUUCCCGUCGACUACGAUGAGCAACUGGCUUACUACACGCAUAAGGGUUAUCGUGUAAUCGGAUGCGCAACUCGACACAUACCCAAACUUAGCUGGGUUAAGGCACAGAAGAUGAAGCGACAUGAAGCCGAGUCCAACUUGGAGUUCACAGGCUUCAUAAUAUUCGAAAACAAGUUGAAGCCUACCACUGCGUCGGUGCUAAAUGAGCUCUUGGGCUCAAAUAUUAGCACAACCAUGGUGACGGGUGACAACAUCCUGACAGCCAUCAGCGUUGCUCGCGAAUGCAGUUUGAUGAAAAAGACAGCGCACUGCUUCGUGCCGAGGUUCAUCGAGGGAAAUGCUAGCGACCCCAAGGCGCGCCUGCAAUGGGAGAGCAUUGACAACAACGCUUUUCAGUUGAAUGACCAAACGCUGUUGGCAUGUCACCCCUAG